AUGGCGUUUGUCGGACUGCUGAACUGCUUCCACAACGCCCUCUACGCAGCCCUCAACGAGAAGAAACAGGAUCAGCACCACCAGCAGCAGCAGCAGCAACAACAACAAACGCAAAAGUCUGGUGAGAAGAAUAUCAGGGGCGACGGAGAGGAGGACGCUGGCUACGUGUUACAGCUGACAUUCAGCGACCUUGGUAUGACGCACGUAGUCGCUUCGCUCUGCGCCGUUGAUGACGAGGUGAUGACGUACAGCGCGACGCGACUUGGUGUGGUGCUCCUUGACGGCGGCAACCAACGGGCGCAGAGGGCACUUUUGAAUUACUUUGAGACGCACCAGGAAGGGUUCUUCCACAAUAUCAGAGACGUCCUACAAAAGGCACUGCGGUGGGUGUGGCGACUCAAUGUGGAGCAGCAGCUUGUCAUCUUAGAACGUGGCGGCGUCAUCGUGAACGUUUCUAACCUGCAGCACUUCAUGUCGAUGCUCCUCGCCAACGUUCCCAUACAGUCCACGGAUGGGGGAGGCAGCAGCAGCAGCAGCAGCAUCAACACCAACGAUAGGCGACGUUUGUCGGGUUGGGAUCGCGUACAGGGGUGUUUGCGUGUGCGGCUCAUCUUCACACUGUUCCGCAUGCUGCAGCUAUUCUGUGAGGGGCAUAACCUCAGCAUGCAGAACUACAUCCGUUCCCAGCAUGACAACAUGCACAGCGUCAACCUCGUGCAUGAGGUGAUGGUCUUCUUGGCGGAGAUCUCCACUAUCAUUCGCCCCGCCACCGUCGAAGUGGUGCGUGGUGGCUUCGAGUUGCUGACGGAACUCUGCCAGGGCCCCUGCCACGCGAACCAAGAGGUGCUGUUGAGCUAUGACGUAUGCGCCACCAUCUGCCAUGUUCUCGACCUCCUUGGAUCUCCGGAGGUGGCCGGCACCGCCCGCACAGCGGCGACCAGGAACCGCAGUAACAACAACACUGACCCUGACGCGAGUGACUUGGUGGCGCAAUGCGAUCGCUGCCUGACGAAAACCGACGUCGGCUGCCUCCGCACCUCUCUUACGACGUGUCUGCUGUCGCUCACUGAAGGCUGCCGCUCGCCUGACACCAUCCGCCGCAUCCUUGCACAGAUCCCCGUGGAGAUCAUUGAGCGUGAGCUCGCUACUGUGGGCCCGAAGAUGUAUGACCGCAUCCUCGACGACGAGGAGUUUGAAGACGACCCGGGCGUGGAGGCGUUCUUCAAAUGGCUCGUCUUCCUCCACACCGUGCGCCCCUUCGCAGAGGGCCUCUACCAGCAGCACGUCGACGAGAUGCUGCGCCGCACCGCGAAGAUCAGCAGCCGCCUCCUCGGCCACAUCGAGGUGCGGCGCGCCGACGGGCAGCUGGAGAAGGUCCUCUUCCGCAUCCCGCUUAGCUGCUGCGGCCUCACUCAGAGCACCAAGGAUGGCGUGCUCUGGAGCGUCAACCGCACCAGCCGUGCGACAAAACUCGGCGACUUCCUGCACCAGAGCGACAACUUAAUCUUCGAGGUGGAGCGGGCGCAUGCCUUUCAGCGCUGGGUCGCCCGCUGGACGCGCUUCAGGCUGGGCGGCAGCGACAGUGAUGACAAAAUGGGUGAGGAGGAAGAGGAGAAGGAAGGAAGGCUCGACGCGGUGAAGCGCGGGUGGAACCGCUUUAUCGCCCCUGUGCUCUUCUCCAGCCAGCUCAGCUUCUACGAGUACGCCUCUAUUGCAGUCGCUGUGAUUGUCAACACGAGCCUCAUUUCCGUUGAAGGUGCGAGGUGGAACGACGGCAUGGUGCUCUUCUGGAAAGACAUGCUCACGUUCCUCUGCUUCCUACAGUUCGUGCUGUCAUGCAUCGUGCUCGGUGUGGACGCCGUCAUCUUCUUCCCCGUCUGCCUCUACACGGAGUACAGGCGCAAGCAACACCUCACCUCGGGGCGUGCAAAGCUCAACGCGACGAUGCAGGAAGUAUUUGACGGCAUGACGGUGAAAGAAAUCGUCAAACUCUUCUUCACGCGUUUCACUAUACAAUUCCGCCUAUUUCUUGUCAUCAUGGCGGCAUUGAGCGUUCUCGUCUCGCACUACUUUGCUGCGGCACACCUGCUGCUGGUGAUAUACAAGACGCCCACACUGCGCACCUUCAUCUCUGCCAUCACGCAGAACGGACGUCAGCUGCUGCUGACGGCAUUCCUCGGUGUUGUUGUGCUUUACCUCUUCGCUAUCGUCGGCUACCUCGUAUUUUCACGCGGGUUUGGCAACGAGGAAGGGACGAAUGAAGAGAAUUGUGGCACCCUCCUCCGUUGCUUUACAUUCAUUCUCUGGCAGGGGCUUCGCCAGGGUGGCGGUGUCGGUGACGUCAUGGAAGAGGAGUCAUGGACGAGCACCACUUUCCUCCCACGCGUCAGCUACGACCUGAUAUUCUUCGCCCUCGUUAACGUCGUGUUCCUCAACAUUAUGUUCGGUCUCAUCAUCGACACAUUCGGCGAGCUGCGCGACGACAAACGGGAGAAGGAGACAGACAUGAGGAGCACGUGCUUCAUCUGCGGCCUCGACGCGGAAAGAUUUGAGAAGGCCCGCAUUGGCGGAUUCCGCGCACACGUGAACCAGGAGCACAACAUGUGGAUGUACCUCUACUUCAUGUCUUACCUGCGGCGAAAGGACCCAAACGACUUCACUGGACAGGAGUCGUACGUGCAUGAAAGGAUUCAGCAGAACGACCUUGGCUUCUUUCCAGAGGAAGAGUGCCUCCUGCUGCAGGAGGACGAGGACCGCCUCGACGCCGCAGAGGAUGAGCAGCAGGACGUGGCGGGUGUUGAUGAAAGGGGCACCGCACGCCGCGGACCGGCAGCAGCAGCAGCAACAGCAGCCGGUGGUGGGGCGGACGCCCAGGCGGUGGCGCUGACGCUGAAGGAGUUAGCAGGAGCGAAGGAGGCCCUUAGUGUUUUCGUGCGCGACAUUGGCGCCGACGCACAGAAGGUGAAGACGAUGCUUCGGCAGCUAGAGAUCACUAGCCGCAGCAUACAAGGGACGUCGGUGAACGGGGCAGGCACGCAGGGGACGAGGUCUGUCACCGGCACGCAUGUAAGUAAAGAGGGCUCCUAG